UGAUCAUCAGAAGAUGGUUUGUUCCAUCUUUUGGUGGGAGAUGUUGGCAUUAUGAUUGGCAACAUGAACUGGAAGGGUUCGUUCCCAUCUACCACAUGUAAAACUAAAGUGGACACAAAUAAAACUCGUAGAAAGUCUCACACUGUAAUAGAAGAUGCAGUUACUCAUUUGUCUUAUGCAGACGCUGCAAAAAACACAAAGAAAUAUGGAGGUCAUAGAGACUCGGGCAAUAAAAAAAGAGUUAUUUUAGUUAGUACGGCAACUAACUUUAGUUUUAGGAGAGAAACAACUAGAGAUAUUUGGCCCAACGCGAAAGCUCAGCCUUUUCCGAAGACGGAGAAGCCUUGUGAUAGAAACAAAAAGUUUCGCUUGGUUCCAAACCCCAAUACGUUAGAUAGUCGUGCUCCUCAACUCAUAAGACGAGGAAAAGAGAGAACGAAAGAUAGAAAGAAGAAAGAAAGCAAACUAAAAAGAACUAUCUUGGAAGCCCGCUCCAGAGAAACUAAGUGUAUCACGCCAACAGCAGAAAUACACGAAGAAGCAAGUGGAGACUCUCAAGUCAAACCGACACAGUUGGAGUCCUCCACAAAGGACAACAAAGUGUGCGUCAACCUGAAACAACAAGGGCAGUCAAUGAAAAGGGUCAAGUAUAGAGAAUACUGUGAUAUGUACGUUACAAAAAGUGUCAAUACGAUGACAGAGACACUUUUGAGUGAAUUAAUGCGCUUUCAAGAGAGAGUACGAAAGACGAAACCUGCAAAGGCGAAAGCAAAAAGAAGAUUAGUUAUUGGUCUCAAAGAGACGACUCAAUGCUUGCAGGUGAACAAAAUCAAGUGUGUAAUAAUACCUCCAGAUAUUGAACCGUGUCCUUUGCAAGGUGGUCUUGACGAUCGAUUAGCACUCAUUCGAGAUCUCUGUACAGAUAAACAAGUACCCAUCAUCUACGCUUUAGGCGUACACAAAAUACCAAAAGCUUUAGGUCUACCUAGUAGACGACACAAAACUUCAGCUAAGCAAAAAAAGAACGGGAAAGAUGGCGACAAGAUCAUGAAAUUCCGUUGCAGAAUGUUGUGAAAUCUGAUGAAAUAGGAGUCAAGGAGGUUAAUAUAC